CAUCAAUCAAACCAUCUUUAAAUAUUCAAUAGACCCUUUUAGAAGAACAACAAAAAAAGGCUAUAUCAAUGGCGGCAACCAAGGCUAGAGCUUCAGCUUCAGCUACCCAAACUCCUCCUCCUGUCGAUGAUGAAUUUGAACCUUUCAGCAGGUGGCACCGUGAGGAAAAAAGCGACACUCUUGAGGUCCAUGUACCUGAAUUCAAAAAAGAAGAACUGAGAGUACAACUCACCAGUCCGGGAAUGAUAAAAAUCUCCGGCGAACGUCAGGUGGAUGCGACAAAACGGAGCCGUUUCUACAAGGAAGUCCGAGUUCCAAAGGACUGCAAUGCUAAUGGAAUUCAUGCAAAGUUCAUCAGUGGACGUCUACAUGUCAUAAUGCCCAAAAAAACAAUUGAAGAAAAUCAACCUGUAACAACCCAACAGCUCCAACCUGACAAAUCUCCAGUACCGGAGACCGGUGAAGAUCAAGCCACUAUGAAAGCUGCUACCUCGCCAGAAAGUGGGAAAGCCAAGGAGAAGAUGAACAUGCCACCAUCUCAGGAUGAGGCACCAAGAGACGGGAAUUCAUUCACAAAAUCUGAUAUUCAGCAGGAACAGUCUGGCACGAGGUUGAAGAAAUUUAACAAGGUGGCGGUGAGCAUUGCUGCGAUGGUGGCGGCGGCGGUGGUGAUCGGUGCUUAUGUUAAGUAUAUGUACAAAUCUUUGGAUGACAUGUUGAUGUAAAAUGGGGUGAAUCUUAAUAACCUCAAAGUCAUGUGCUUGUAUAAAUUUAUUUUUUAUUAUUUAAAAUAUAAAAUUAUUAAUUAAGGUAGCGAUUGGUAAAUGCG